CAGCUGGAGACACAAACGCAAUACCAAUAAACCCGAAUGAAAUCACCGGCAAACAAACCAACUAUAAUCGGCGCUACCUGAUAUUGCGCCUCAUUCACUGAACCAACUCCGAAGCAGUUAGCAAUGGCCGAGCCCCGUCCGUGUGGUGGAGACUUACUCCGAAUCGCAGGCGCCAUGAUCCUGCCCAACCUGGGUGGCCUCUACAAUGGCAGCCUCACCCGAAAGCACCUUCAGAACUGGUAUGCCCACCUGAAGUUCCCUUCCUUCAAGCCCCCCAACUGGGUGUUUGCCCCGGUGUGGACAACGCUGUACGCCGGAAUGGGUUACGGCUCGUACUUGGUGUGGCGGGACGGUGGUGGAUUCUCGGGCGAUGCUCAGCUGCCGCUCCUGGCCUACGGCACCCAGUUGGCGCUCAAUUGGGCGUGGUCUCCGAUCUUCUUCGGGCAGCACAAUAUCAAAGGCGGACUCAUCGACAUUGUGGCCCUGACGGCCACAGCCGGCGCUUGCGGAGUGCUUUUCUACCAGGUGAACAAGGUCGCCGGCUUGAUCUUUGUACCCUACCUCGCCUGGCUGAGCUUCGCCACCGCCCUGAACUACUCCAUCUGGAAACUGAACCCGGAGAGUGAGGCGGCCAGGAUCGAGGAGGUGCAGGAUGAGAAGCCCUCCAGCAGCCAGAAGGCCAAGUAGGCGAGGUCGAACCUUACCAUUGCGAAAGGUGAGCCCUGACAGUAGUCAUAGGAUGGCUUAAGUGGUGUAAUUAUUAUCGAUACGAUUUCCGCACAUUAUAUGUACAUUAGUUGAGCUUUUCGGGAGAGCUUACUCGAACUGCUCCAAAAACAUGCACGUCAUUGUGGGUUUAACUCAAAGAUCAAAUAUAAAAUAAAGUGUCCUUAAAAUAAUAA